AUGGACCGUCUUUCGGAUUCGCCCAGCCUCCUGGGUGCUUCCCUGCUGAGAUUGUCAAGUGGCCAGCUGGCGGUGGAGAAGCGACCGAGGCGGAAAAAUAUGGAGAACCGUGGAGGUUUUAAUGGCAGCACCUGUGGUUGUCGUGCGGCGCCCUUUAGGCGCGAUGAGAAGGUGUCACUUCAGGCAGCGGUCAAGAGGCAGGAGUCUGUCCUCAAUUACUGUCUCAUCAUGGAAAUUCUGGUCAAGUGCGUAAAUUACUGCAUGGAAUUUAUGUUCGUAAGGCUGUAA